GCUUGCUCUCAGGGCACAGCGCUGGGUUGUGGCUGAAGUGAAGGAGGAAGCCCAGGAGGAGGAGAAUCUCCCCUUUUCACCUCCUCUGGACUCUGGUCAGGACCUCAGAGUUGAGCGGGCUCAGGCAGGAAACAGGUGAAGAAGAAGAUGAAGAAGCUGCAGGUGUUUUUGCUCUGCGUGGUCCUGCUGACCGUUUACACAGAUGCAAACCCCAUCAUUAAGGAGAGCGUGGCUAAGCAGCUGCUCCGCACUAAGAGGCAGGACCGGCCAAUGAAGCCCGGCUAUCCCGAUGAGCCACUGAGGGAGCAUCUGCUCCACAUGCAGGCUCUGGAUCUGAGGGCCCGGGAGACCAACUUGGAGCACUGGCUGAACCCUCACUGCUACCCACGCUGCGACAGGAACUACGGACACCCAGUGUGAAGGUGGCAAAGGAAACAGCCAGGUGACUGACUGACGGACCACAAACUCAACAAUCUGAAGCCUGAAAUUCACUGAACAAUAAAAAGCUAGAGUCUCUUUUCUCAUUGUCUUGCAAUCUAGUGACAAAAACAUGCAUGACGUGUGUUAUCUUAAUAGUGAAGACUUUGUAAUUUGCUGCUUUUUCAGCUGUAUGUUCUUUUUCUUCUGUAGUUGCCACAGACUGAAAUGAGUUCGUGAAUAACACAAAUAAAAUAAAUGAAUCAUAAG